AUGUCUACCAUCACCCAGGCAAAGUCAAUCGAGCUGACCGACCGCGGCCGCUCUGAUUCCGGUCUCGUGGGACCAAAAAAUCAGUCACAAGCCGCAGACGAUUCGGAGGUUGCGAGAGCCAUCAGUGACAGAGAAGCACCCAGAAACGCCACGGAGGCCAUUCCCGACGGUGGCUACGGCUGGACGAUCGUCGCGUCAAACUCAAUGCUCCUAUUCUGGAUCAACGGCUACACCACCGCUUGGGGGGUUCUCCAAACAAACAUGCUCAGGUCAGGCCUGCUCAAAACCGACGUCUCCACAAUCACCUUCGUCGGCAGCCUCUACAUGGCCUGCAUGGUCGCAUUUAGCCUGGUCUCCGUUAGACUCAUGGGUGCUUUCGGCGUGCGCUACACGACCCUCGCCGCCUUGAGCAUGUUUUCUCUCGGCUUGGUCGCGACGAGCUUCACGUUGGAACAUGUUGCUGGCCUGUUUUGCGUCGCAGGCCUCUUCGUAGGAUGCGGAGGCUCUCUCCUCUUCACGGCUACCAACACCCUGCCGAUCCAAUGGUUCAGCAGCAAACUCGGCACGGCCAACGGCUUGGUGAAAGCCGGUGGCGGCGUCGGUGCCACUGUGCUGCCGCUGGCGGCGCAAGCCUUGAUCAACAACGUCGGGCUACCCUGGACAUUCCGCAUCUUCGGCCUGCUGACCCUCGUUACGGGCGUUCCCUGCGUCUGGUUGCUGAAAGAGCGAACAAGAAUCGGCACAGCAUCCCGCUUCGACUGGUCAAUGUUGAAGGACUUCUCCUUCCUGACAUUGACUAUCGCUGGAGGUAUUGGCGUUUUUGCGCUCUUUGUUCCGCCUUUUUUCCUGCCUCUCUUCGCCAGCUCGAUCGGCCUGUCGUCGGCCCAAGGCGCCGGGCUUGUGGCCGGAUUUGGCGCUUCCACUGCUGUUGGCCGAUUGUUUGGCGGCUGGUUCUGCGACCACAUUGGUGCCUUCAACGCCCUGUCGGUGUCGGCCCUGAUCAAUAGUCUCAGCAUGAUGGUCAUCUGGCCAGUGAGCUCCUCGUUGCCACUGCUCGCCGUAUUCGCCGUCGUCAACGGCUGUGCCAAUGGAAGCUUCUUCGUGGGGCUGCCUACAGCUGUUGGGCUCCUGACUCCGGGUUCGGCGGCGGCAUCCAUCAGCUUGAUGACUUCAUUUUGGACGCCGGGGUACCUUCUGGGAGCACCGCUGGCUGGCAUUCUCAUCAAUGCUACUGGGGCAGCGGAGGCUUCCUCUAUCGAGCCGUACCGGGCUGCAAUCUUCUAUGCGGCGGGAGUUGGAGCGGCAGCAUCUGGCCUCAUUAUUGUCUCAAGGAUGAGACGGAACCCCAGGCUUCUGAAGAGGGUCUAA